AUGAGUAGAACAGACGACACAACUAUACAUUUAGUCAGAUUGUUGAUCAAGACAUUGUACACAAUACUCUUUGUCUUGGUAUCCUAUGUGGCAAUGGCUGGAAGUAGCAGCACAAGCAACAGCAAUAUAGAUGUAGCACCAACUACAUCAUCACCCAAAAGACAUGAUGAGUUCAACUUAUACAUUGAGAUUGCAUCUGGUACAUUGGCGGGUAUGUUGUCCAGCUUUACAUUCUAUCCUUUGGAGUGUAUUGAAGCAAAGUUACAGGUAAUGGCUGGAAAGAAGAAGCCUGGUAUGCCAAGGUCACCUUUGGACAUUGUACGAACAAUAGUAAGACAAGAGGGCAUUGCUGGAUUGUAUCAAGGCGUAACACCAACAGUACUGGGCAAUGCGGUAAAUUGGGGUGUAUACUUCUCAAUAUAUCGUUACUCCAAUCAUUGGUUGCGAACAUCUGGUAUGGUCGAGGUACCUUGGAUGCAACACUCACUGUCUGCCAUCAGUGCUGGCGUUGUUACAACAGCAAUCGUCAAUCCAUUCUGGGUACUCAAGAUCAGACUGGCGACAUCCAAUCGAUACAAAGGGAUGUUUGAUUGCUUCCAGUCCAUCCUCAAGAAUGAAGGUAUCGGAGGAUUCUGGAAAGGUGUUGGACCAUCAUUCUUUGGCGUGUCAGAAGGUUUGGUCCAGUUUGUUACAUAUGAACAGUUGUUGAAUCGCUUUAGGAAUGGUAAUGAACCAAUCCCUGCCAUUACAUACUUGAUGACUGGAGCAACAGCCAGACUUGUGGCGGGAUUGGUGACUUAUCCCUAUCAACUACUUCGUUCAUCCAUGCAGUCCGAGGGAUCAAAGUACACUUCAAUAGGUGAUGCUACAAGAAGUAUAUACAAGAGUGAAGGACUGGCAGGAUUCUAUCGAGGACUUGUUCCUAACUUGACGAGGAGUGUACCACCCGCUGCAAUGAUGAUGUAUAUCGUGGAGUUCUUCCGAACGUCAUUGACUACUGUAUUCAAUCCUACUACUACAAUUCAUUCUUGA